AGGUUUUGGGUUUUUAAGGUAACACAGGCAAAAUUGCAGGAGGGGCUAAAGAGAAUGAAAGCUACGUUGCCAUUCAUGUUCUGUGCAAAAGAUGGCAUUCACAUGGAGACCUAAUUCGGUUUCUACCUCCGGUUGCAGUUACAACAACCUCCUCCUCUUCCCUAAAACCAUAACCAAAGUAGCCUCCUCCAAAUUCAAAUUCUCGGCCUUCAAAAGUAGCAUUUCCUCUCCCCAGCCCUCAACAGCGCAAUCAAGUGCAAACGCCUCACAUGGUAACACUGCCCCUCCUCUCAACACGGUCUCUGACCGCGAGAGGCUCCGAGACUUGCUUGCAAAGCUGCGCCAGAAAAACUCAUGCCCGUUGCAAACGCUUAGAGACGAUGGAGAUUGGACUGAAGACCAUUUCUGGGCUGUCAUCAGAUUCCUCAAACACGCCUCUAGGUCCCAUGAAAUUCUUCAGGUGUUUGAUAUGUGGAAGGACAUUGAGGCAUCGCGGAUUAAUGAGUUCUACUAUGAGAAGAUAAUAGGGCUGUUAGGUGAAGUGGGUCUGAUUGAAGAAGCAGUGUCGACAUUUCAAGAGAUGAAAAGCCGUGGCCUAAUCCCUUCUUUGGAGACUUAUAAUUCAAUUAUUCAUGGUUUUGCAGGAAAAGGGAGCUUUGAAGAUGCGUUAUUUUACCUCAAUAAGAUGAAAGAAGCCAAUGUGACACCUGAAACUUAUACCUAUGAUGUGUUAAUUCAAGCUUAUGGGAAAUAUAAUAUGUAUGAUGAAAUGGGUACGUGUCUUAAGAAGAUGGAAUUAGACGGGUGUUCACCUGAUCACAUUACUUAUAAUUUGCUUAUCCAAGAGUUUUCACAAGCUGGGUUACUCAAAAGAAUGGAAAGAAUAUAUCAGACCAUGCUUUCUAAAAAGAUGGAUUUGCAGUCAUCUACCUUGGUUGCAAUGCUAGAGGCUUAUGCUAGAUUUGGGAUCGUAGACAAGAUGGAAAAGGUUUUUAGAAGAAUUUUGAACUCCAAAACCCAUUUGAAGGAUGAUGUGAUAAGGAAAGUGGCUGGGGUCUAUAUUGGGAACUAUAUGUUUUCAAGAUUAGAUGACUUGGGAGUUGAUGUUUCAACAAGGUUUGGCGCAUCUGAUCUUGUUUGGUGCCUGCGUCUUCUUUCUCAUGCUUGUCUUUUGAGCCGAAGGGGUAUGGAUUCCAUUGUUAGGGAGAUGGAAGAGGCAAAAGUUCCUUGGAAUGUAACAGUUGCAAAUAUUAUCAUGCUGGCUUAUUUGAAAAUUGAAGAUUUCACUCAUUUGAAAUCCUUGCUUUACCAAUUACCAUUCCUUUGUGUUAAGCCUGAUAUAGUUACUGUUGGAAUUUUAUUUGAUGCUAUGAUGAUUGGAUUUGAAGGAGCUAGGGAAGUAGAAACGUGGAGAAGUACAGGCGAUCUCUAUAGAGUUGUGGAAAUUAACACUGAUCCCCUGGUUCUCACUGCAUUUGGAAAGGGGCGUUUCCUGAGGAACUGUGAAGAGGUAUACUGCUCCCUUGAACCUCAAGCUAGAGAACAGCAAACGUGGACUUAUGAUAGCCUCAUUGAUUUGGUUUUAAGGAAGCCUUAGUUGAAUGAAGUUGAGUGACAUAGUGUUAGCCCUGAAAAGUUCAGUGGUUGCUUCUGAAAGGAACUUUUUUAUGGUAGUCAUACUUCAUUAAUUUCAAUUCCAGCGAGGACAGAAAGGCGGGAAGCGCAUGCCUGAUGCUUGGUGGAAUGCAUCGGUGGUUGCAACAGCCAAGUUCAAGCCUUGUUGGUAGACCAGCUGUGCAGCUGUGGUUGUAGCGUAGUAGCGUGUAGGUUUAUGGUUGUUUGCUGUCAGGCAUGGGGCGCAGUAGGUUGGUUGGGAGUUGGGUGAAACUGAUGAUGGUAUAAUCAUAUGUUGCCGGUAAAAUUGUAUUUUAAGAUGUAUCUUGUAACUGUUUUCAGAAUUUACUUCAAACUCAAUAAGUAUAAACUUCAGUUAGCUGCUUCUUUUUUAUUUUUAGUACAGGAGGUAAUGUGAUGGCUCAUGUUGGAAGGAACCCGUAAGCUCAAGCAGUGGGAGGAGCACGGCCCAAAUAAAUAAACUUCAUUCUAAUGUUGACCGUUGGUUUAUCAGAUUCCCCUGUAUUCCUGAUUAUACCGAAUGGUUCCGUUUGGAUAGUAAGUUGAGAUGAAAUAAGUUGAAAUGAAAGUUGAAUAAAAAUAUUGUUAGAAUAGUACUUUUUAAUAUUA